AUGGCUUCAUCAACAACGCCAUCUUCGCCGACGGCAGGCCGACGACGAGGCACAUCGAUAGCCAGCGUUACACAAAGCAUAGUCACGACUGCCGGGAAUGUCCUCAACAGCGACCCUCCGCCCGGAUUCCUGGCCGCUACAGCAGAGAUUGCCAGUCAAGCGCCGACAAUUCCAGAGAUCAGGAGGAGUAGCACGGGAGAGUUGUCAGGAGGGAGGAGACGCAGCUCAAGCGGGACAAGGAGACUAUCGCGCGGAUCGAAAGACGUGAAGAAAGCUCAAGAGCAGGGAAACAAUGCGAAUACACUUUCGACGUUUCCUGCGCUGAGCGAAGUGCCCUCGCACCUGAGUAGUGUGCCUUCAGACGCCCGGACGAAUGCGAUCGCGCCGAAACCGGUCGAUGACAGUCAAACACUUGGCUGGACAUCCGACGAUUCGAAGCAGGAAUCCAACGAAGUACGUCCACUCGACAAUAAGCACAAAGUCUAUGCAAACGGCUACGUACCUCCACCCAAGCUCCCAUGGACAACAUCGACCGUGAUUGGCCUCAAAGCAUUCUGGAAAUGGUUUUUGACCCCCUUCGGCUUCCUUGUCACUCUCUAUGGCCUGAACGUGGUAGCAUGGGGUGGCAUGCUCUUCCUACUUCUGUGCAAUGCAAGUCCGGCAAUGUGCUGGACCUCAGAUGGUCAAGGCGGCAAAUUCUUCGACUGCAACGACAUCAAUUCGCCGCGCAGAAAGUGGAUCGAAUGGGAUUCCCAGAUCCUGAACGCUCUAUUCUGCGUGACUGGGUUUGGACUGGUACCGUGGCGGUUCCGGGAUCUGUACUACUCACUCUGCUAUCGGUUCACUAGCGAAAGUAAGCAAGGAAGAGAGAAGAAGAUGUAUGGACUGCGAAAGCUUGCGGCUCAUUAUCGUAGCUGGUAUCGCCUUCCUGGGUCAGAGACCUUGGAUGCUAUCGUAAAGCCGGAUGAGGUUUUGGAUUCUGAUCUGCGGCUACCAUUGCCAGCUUCGAAGAGACCUAACGAUCCUCCUACUGGUGAGAGAGCGCCGCCCACACCCAUCUGGAAGGUCGACUUCUUCAUCUGGUGUCAAGUGUGGAAUACGUUCUUCCAGUGCUGUCUGUGUGGCUUCAUGUGGGGACUGAACCGACACGACCGACCUUCAUGGUCUACUGGUCUGUUCGUCGCAUUGGCAUGCGGCGUUGCUGGAGUCGGAGGGCUCGUAUCCUUCUUGGAAGGCAAGAAAGUGAAGCGUAUUGAGGGUGUUCUACCUUCUGCUGCGGUACAGAAAGUCCUGGCUGCGAGACAUGACCCCGAGCUAGGUCUACAGCAGACACGGACGGAGCAGGAAUCGAUACACGUGAGGCAGGAAAAGAGUGGAAAUGAAGUCCACCAGUAG